CUAUAACACAACGCACUUCCUUACCGGCAUUUUAGUAUUAACACGCGAAGUUGAACAGUCUUUGGUGUACUUACUAGCUAUUUAUUUAUUGUGGAACGUGUUUACCUUUACUUUAAAUAUGCUUGGCCUGUGCCUUUAUGUGCCUGUUCCGAAUUCGGAUGCGGCUGAAUUCGAGUAUUUUGAGUCCAAUGGACUACCAUCGGAGUUGAAAUCGCUCUUCAAAUUGAGUGUGUUUCUACCUUCACAAGAGUUUUCUACUUAUCGGAAAUGGAGAAAGAAAGCAGUGAAAAGUGCAGAUAAGGACCUGGAUGAGCAGAUGGUCUUCGAGGAGUUUGUGAACUAUUUGCAAGAUCAUGAGAAAGACCUGAGACUUGUCUUCAAGAGCCUGGACAGAAGGAGAGCUGGUCAAAUAUAUUCUAAGGAAAUCGUGGAGUCACUCCAGGACCUUGGUGUUCACAUAUCACAGCAGCAUGCCGAGAAGAUCCUACAAUGCAUGGAUAAGAAUGGCACAAUGACCAUCGACUGGAAUGAGUGGAGCAACUACCCUCUGCUACACCCCAAAGAGAACAACAUCCCUGAGAUCACCCUCUACUGGAAACACUCCACGCUCUUUGAUGUAGGUGAGAAUCUGAUGGUGCCUGAUGACUUCACAACAGAGGAAAAACUGUCAGGAAUAUGGUGGAGGCAUCUGGUUGCAGGCGGAGGUGCAGGAGCAGUGUCCCGAACAUUCACCGCCCCCUUAGACCGACUCAAAGUACUCAUGCAGGUCCAUGGUUCCAGUAGCAACAACAUGUGCAUCAUGAGUGGGCUCACCCAGAUGAUCAAAGAAGGUGGGAUGAGGUCGCUGUGGAGAGGGAACGGAAUGAACAUCGUCAAAAUUGCACCUGAAACUGCCAUUAAGUUCAUGGCUUAUGAGCAGAUCAAGCGUUUGAUUGGCAGUGAUAAGGAGACACUUGGCAUCCUGGAGCGUUUUGUAGCUGGCUCUAUGGCUGGAGUCAUCGCUCAGAGCACCAUCUACCCCAUGGAGGUUCUGAAAACACGGCUUGCCUUACGAAAGACUGGUCAGUACUCUGGCAUCUCUGACUGUGCAAAGAACAUCUUUAGGAGAGAGGGGCUGGGUGCCUUUUACAAGGGCUUUAUCCCCAACAUGAUGGGCAUCAUCCCCUACGCUGGAAUCGACCUGGCUGUGUAUGAGACAUUGAAGAACUCCUGGUUAGAAAAGUAUGGCACCAAAAGUACUGACCCGGGAGUGUUAGUUCUGCUUGGCUGUGGCACAAUCUCCAGCACCUGUGGUCAGCUGGCCAGCUACCCCCUAGCCCUGGUCAGGACCCGCAUGCAGGCACAAGCCAUGAUGGAGGGCAGCCCACAGAUGACAAUGUCAGGGCUCUUCAAACAAAUCAUUCAGACAGAAGGGGCCACUGGCCUCUACAGGGGCCUGGCCCCUAACUUCCUGAAGGUCAUUCCAGCUGUCAGCAUCAGCUAUGUGGUGUACGAGAACCUGAAGAUGUCGCUGGGAGUUAAGUCACGAUGAGAAGGUGACUCACGACAUCUGAAUGGUUCAGCUUUGACGUGUGUGUGUGUGUGCGUGUGUGAGUGAGAUCCCUCCGAGUUGAGGCUAAGGAAUCUCUGACACUUGAGGUUUGUGGAGCCAUCUCAUUCUAUGAAUGCCAGAAGAUGGAGUAGAACAAGGGACAAUAUAAUGAAAAGACAAGGUAUCAACUCUGUGAGCUUAAGUUUUCUGAGUAGUUAUUGGUUAUCUCCCCCCCCCCCCCCCCCCCCCACCCCAACCCACCACAUUUGCCUGAUAUGAAAAUUAUAUUUGUUCAUGUUCCUAGAAUAUAAGAAAUUGGGAAAAAGCACGUGGUGAUUAUUUCCCCUUCUCACUUGGUGCAGAUAGACAAUGUAUUCACACUGCCAUUUAUUUUUGUUUUUUAUUGUCUGGGUAUGACAGUUAAGAAUGGAAUGUUUUUUGUUGUUCAGAACACAGCACUAACUGGCUUUAUGUUCAUAGGUGUGAUUUGUUAUGGAUGACUAGAGAGAGCCAUAUUAUGUACAAGUAUUGUGGGUGUGUUUGCAAAAUAAGAUCUCAUUGGCUUCUUAUGCAAUGUUAAAGAGCAUGUAUUUGUAAACGUUUUCAAUGCAAACCAUGCAAUAAAUUAUUGCUUGAGUCCAUCCUGCAUAUUUUCACUUAAUAUAUAACUGUAAUAGUUUGUCCAUUUACAUUUAGUUGGUUAUUCUGGAAAUGCACAAUAAUUACUUCUGUGUUGAGUGCAAAUCUCUGUAUAUGAGCUCAAGUCAAGAUCAGGAGAGUCUUGGUUGUCAGGACACUUAAUCAUUGUCUUUAUACCUAAAACCAAACAUGAUUUUAGAGCUUUGAGAAGAUCGAUGAGUAAUACUAAUGCACUUUAAUUCAUGCUGGAGACACUUUUGAGUGUUUUGCAUUCACUUUAGAUUGAAACUGGGAAUUCACUUCAACUUCUGUAAAUAAUCAUUUUAUUAUUAAACAUUUUUUAUGAGCCAUUUUGUACAAUGUUCUUUGAGCAAAUAAAUGAAAAGUAUUGUAUAA